CCUACCAUCAGUAGAAGAAGCUAUAGCCUUACUUGGCCAUAUAUAUAAGCAUAUGACACCUGCUGCUCUUGCCACCAAGACAAUCACAGCUUCCAUAUACAACAAGCUUUGAUUCUCACAGACAUCACUGAGAAAUGGCAAGGAAGUUGCUGAAGGUUCCAUCCCUUAAGAGAAUGAUCUCUUCACCAAGAGCUGAUAAACUCUCUGAUUUCAAUGAAUGCAGUACAUCAUCUGUUGCAGAGAAGGGUCAUUUCUUUGUUUACACAUCAGAGGGGAAGCGAUUCAUGGUUCCCUUGGCAUAUCUCAUCAAUAAUAUCUUCAAGGAGCUCUUGAAGAUAUCUGAAGAAGAAUUUGGGUUGCCGGGAGAUGGCCCCAUCACAUUGCCCUGUGACGCAGCAUCUAUGGAGUAUGUUCUCUCCAUGCUGAGAAGAGGAGUAUCUGAAGAGGUGGAAAGGGCAUUGCUUAGCUCCAUAUUCAUCUCUUGCCAAUCCACAUGCUCUUCUCUUGCUGAAGAAAAUACUCCACAGCUCACAAUUUGCAGCUGCUGAUUGAUUCGUUCUUCAAAUUAUUUUUGUGAUCUCACAAAACCUCACUUGUACAUCCUAUGUAAUUUAUUGAUGCCUCAAAUUUAUUUCAAAUCCAUAUGAUUUUCUCA